AUGACUGAAGGCCGUCGCCUUGUUGCAAAGACUGUGCAAAACAAAGACCUUUUCUGGGCUGUUCGUGGCGGAGGAGGAGGGCAGCUUGGUGUGAUAACUGAAUAUGUUCUGAAGACACACCCCGUCCCUGAAAACAUGGUUACAGGCAGCCCUGAGUUCUACGCAGGAUAUCAGUCCAAUGCUAGCGAGACUGGAUCUUGGAAUGCCUUGGCUCAUGUGGUCUCCUGCAUUCCGGACAUCAUGAAUAGUGGUCUCACGGCCACUAUAACUGCCCUCGCAAAGGAGAAUGUCGAGACUCUACUGGGUCUGGAUCAAACUGUCCCAGGUGCCGCUGCAUCUAUUAGCUUGACUGGUUUCAACAUGACCACUACUGAGAUGAACGUCACCAUCAGUAAGCUGGCAGACCAGAUCAAAAAUGUGACGCAUGGCAGCUCUUUGAACUUCGCAUUGAUCGCACCUACUACCAAGGGCUAUUACACUCAUUCCGGCUCGAGUAUCAAUGCCGGAGUUGUCAGCCUAUCACAAGCCAUCUCCUAG